GGAGGGGCGGCGGCGGCUCGGGCGGCGGCUCUCGGCGCUGUGAGGCGCGGGGCGCGGCGGGCGCAGGGCUCAUGUAAUCAAAGAAGUUUCUUUGUUGUGUGUAUCUUUUCAGAACACAACAGGAAUUGAAAAUGAAUCAGAACGCUGAGCCUGUGGCAGCCGCCGAGACCCUGGCCGAGGUACCCGAACAUGUACUUCGAGGCCUUCCAGAGGAAGUGAGGCUUUUCCCAUCUGCUGUUGACAAGACUCGGGUUGGUGUCUGGGCCACUAAGCCAAUUUUAAAAGGCAAAAAGUUUGGGCCAUUUGUUGGUGAUAAGAAAAAAAGAUCUCAGGUUAAGAAUAAUGUAUACAUGUGGGAGGUCUACUACCCAAAUUUGGGAUGGAUGUGCGUCGAUGCCACCGACCCAGAGAAGGGGAACUGGCUGCGCUAUGUGAAUUGGGCUUGCUCAGGAGAAGAGCAAAAUUUAUUUCCACUGGAAAUCAACAGGGCCAUUUACUAUAAAACGUUAAAGCCAAUCGCGCCGGGCGAGGAGCUCCUGGUCUGGUACAAUGGGGAAGACAACCCCGAGAUAGCAGCUGCGAUUGAGGAAGAGCGAGCCAGCGCCCGGAGCAAGCGGAGCUCUCCGAAAAGCAGGAAAGGGAAGAAAAAAUCCCAAGAAAAUAAAAACAAAGCAAACAAAACUGAAGACAUACAGCUGAAGACAAGUGAGCCAGAUUCCACCUCUGCAAAUAUGAGAGAUUCUGUGGAAGGCCCCAGAGACGCAGACGAGAAGCCUUCCGCUUCCGCCGCCGAGCAGACGGCCGCCCUUCAGGAGGUGGUGAGUCAGGAUGUGCCUCCGGAGCUCGCCCUCCCGCCCCCUGCCCAGGACCCCCAGGCGGGACCAGCCGCGGAGCUGGAAGCAGCACGUAGUGAGGCGAACGACAUGGAGGAGGAAGAGGAGGAGGAGGAGGAGGAGGGGGAGGAGGAGGAGGAGGAGGAGGAGGAGUUGGACGAAGAGGAGGAGGAAGCAGCUGAUGUGCCAGAUGAAAGCUCCACGAAAGAGCCGGAGAUACGAUGUGACGAGAAGCCAGAGGAUUUAUUAGAAGAACCAAAAACUGUUCCGAAGGACACUCUUGAAGACUCUCCAGAGGUAGCACCUGCUAUCAGAAUUCCCAAAGCUAAAGAAGAGGCCAAUGGUGACGUGUUUGAAACGUUUCUGUUUCCGUGUCAGCAUUGCGAGAGGAAGUUCACGACCAAACAGGGGCUGGAACGGCACAUGCACAUCCACAUAUCCACGGUAAACCACGCCUUCAAGUGCAAGUACUGCGGGAAGGCGUUCGGCACGCAGAUCAACAGGCGGCGGCACGAGCGGCGCCACGAGGCGGGGCUGAAGCGGAAGCCCAGCCUGACACUCCGGCCGCCGGAGGCCCCAGCCGAUGGCCAGGCGCCCGGGGAGGCCGCUCCUCCGAAGGAUGACGCGCAGCCCCCCGGUCUUGGGCAAGACUCCCUGACCUUGAAUUCAGAGAAGGCUUCCCAAGACACGGUGAAUUCUUCUGUUGCAGAAGAGAACGGAGAAGUGAAAGAGCUUCAUCCGUGCCAAUACUGUAAAAAGGUUUUUGGAACUCACACUAACAUGAGGCGGCAUCAGCGCAGGGUUCACGAGCGUCACCUGAUUCCCAAAGGUGUGCGGCGGAAAGGGGGUCUCCUCGAAGAGCAGCAGCCCCCAGCAGAGCAGGCCGCGCCUGCCCAGAGUGUCUACGUACCCAGCACAGAGCCAGAGGAGGAGGGGGAGGCAGACGACGUGUACAUCAUGGAUAUUUCUAGCAAUAUCUCUGAAAAUUUAAAUUACUAUAUUGAUGGGAAAAUUCAGACCAGCUGCAGCACCAGUAACUGUGACGUUAUUGAGAUGGAAUCCAGUUCGGCAGACUUGUAUGGUAUCAACUGUCUGCUCGCUCCGGUUACAGUGGAAAUAACUCAAAAUAUAAAGACCACACAGGUCCCUGUAACAGAUGAUCUUCCUAAAGAGCCUUCCAGCAGCACACACAGCGAGCCCAAGAAACGGAGGACUGCCAGUCCUCCUGUGUUGCCCAGAAUUAAAGCUGAGACCGAGUCUGAGCCCGUAGCACCUUCGUGUUCCUUGAGUCUGCCUCUCAGCAUAUCAACCACGGAGGCCGUAUCGUUCCACAAAGAGAAAAAUGUGUAUUUGUCAUCAAAGCUCAAACAACUUCUUCAAACCCAGGAUAAACUGACUCCUCCUGCAGGGAUUUCAGCCACUGAAAUACCUAAAUUAGGUCCCGUCUGUGUGUCCACUCCUGCGUCGAUGCUGCCUGUGACCUCGAGCAGGUUUAAGAGGCGGACCAGCUCUCCCCCCAGCUCUCCACAACACAGUCCUGCCCUUCGAGACUUCGGAAAGCCCGGCGAUGGGAAAGCCAUGUGGACUGAGGCAGUUCUAAGUUCCAAAAAGCCCAAAUUAGAAAGUCAUAGCAACUCACCAGCAUGGAGUUUGUCUGGGAGAGAUGAGAGAGAAACUGGGAGCCCUCCAGGCUUUGAUGAAUAUAAAGUAUCUAAAGAGUGGGCAGCUAGUUCUACUUUUAGCAAUGUAUGCAACCAACAGCCACUGGAUUUAUCCAGUGGGGUAAAACAGAAGGCUGAGGGUACGGGCAAGGCUCCAGUCCAGUGGGAAUCUGUGUUAGAUCUCAGUGUGCAUAAAAAGCCUAGUAGUGACUCUGAAGGCAAGGAAUUCAAAGAAAAUCAUUUGGUGCAGCCAGCCUGCAGUGCUGUAAAGAAAAAGAAACCAACCACCUGCAUGCUACAGAAGGUCCUUCUCAAUGAAUACAAUGGCGUCGACUUACCUGUAGAAAAGGCUCCAGAUGUGACCAGGAGCCCCAGUCCUUGUAAACCCCUAGGUCCUCAGCCGGACCCUGACCUUGGUCCCGACUCUAGCUUACCUGCCCCUCCUGGCGAGUCUUCUCCUUCGUCACCUGCCCUGCAGACAUCUUCCCUUUCUUCCGGGCAGCUGCCGCCUCUCUUGACCCCAACCAAUCCCUCUUCCCCCCAACCCUGUCCUCCUGUGUUAACUGUUGCCACCCCACCCCCUCCACUGCUUCCUACUGUACCUCUUCCAGCCCCCGCUUCCGGGGCAUCCCCUCAUCCGUGUCCCUCUCCACUCUCGAAUGCCACCGCACAGUCCCCACUUCCAAUUCUUUCCCCAACGGUGUCUCCCUCGCCAUCUCCCAUUCCUUCCGUGGAGCCCCUUAUGUCUGCUGCUUCACCGGGGCCUCCGACACUCUCUUCAUCUUCCUCCUCAUCUUCUUCGCCUUCAUUCUCUUCUUCAUCCUCCUCCUCUUCUCCUUCGCCGCCUCCUCUCUCAGCAGUAUCGUCUGUGGUUUCCUCUGGGGAUAAUCUGGAAGCCUGUCUCCCCAUGAUAUCUUUUAAACAGGAGGAAUUAGAGAAUGAAGGUCUGAAAGCGAGGGAAGAAUCCCAGUCUGCCACUGCGCGGGAUAUCGUUCAGGAGACAUUCAACAAAAAUUUUGUCUGCAACGUCUGUGAAUCACCUUUUCUUUCCAUUAAAGAUCUAACCAAACAUUUAUCCAUUCAUGCCGAGGAAUGGCCCUUCAAAUGUGAAUUUUGUGUGCAGCUCUUUAAGGCUAAAACUGAUUUGUCAGAACAUCGCUUUUUGCUUCAUGGAGUUGGGAAUAUCUUUGUGUGUUCGGUUUGUAAAAAAGAAUUUGCGUUUUUGUGCAAUCUGCAGCAGCACCAGCGAGAUCUCCACCCCGAUAAAGUGUGCACACACCAUGAGUUUGAAAGUGGCACCCUGAGACCCCAGAACUUUACGGAUCCCAGCAAGGCCCACGUAGAGCAUAUGCAGAGUUUGCCAGAAGAUCCUUUAGAAACGUCUAAAGAAGAAGAGGAGCUGAACGAUUCCUCAGAAGAGCUUUACACGACCAUAAAAAUAAUGGCUUCUGGAAUAAAGACGAAAGAUCCAGAUGUUCGAUUGGGUCUCAAUCAACAUUACCCAAGCUUUAAACCUCCUCCAUUUCAGUACCAUCACCGCAACCCCCUGGGCAUUGGUGUGACGGCCACAAAUUUCACUACACACAAUAUCCCACAGACGUUUACUACCGCCAUUCGCUGCACCAAGUGUGGGAAAGGUGUGGACAACAUGCCUGAGCUGCACAGACACAUCCUGGCAUGUGCUUCCGCUAGUGACAAGAAGAGGUAUACCCCGAAGAAAAAUCCAGUCCCACUGAAACAGACUGUGCAGCCCAGAAACGGUGUGGUGGUUUUGGACAACUCCGGGAAGAAUGCCUUCAGACGCAUGGGACAGCCCAAAAGACUGAACUUCAGCGUUGAGCUCAGCAAAAUGUCCUCCAAUAAGCUCAAGUUAAAUGCGUUGAAGAAAAAAAACCAGCUUGUCCAGAAAGCCAUCCUUCAAAAAAACAAAUCUGCAAAGCAGAAAGCCGACCUAAAGAACGCUCCUGAGUCGUCCUCGCACAUCUGCCCGUACUGCAACAGGGAGUUCACGUACAUCGGGAGCCUGAACAAGCACGCCGCUUUCAGCUGCCCCAAGAAACCUCUUUCUCCUUCCAAAAAAAAAGUUUCCCAUUCAUCCAAGAAAGGAGGACACCCGUCACCUGCAGGUAGUGACAAAAGCAACAGCAGCAGCCACCGCAGACGGACAGCGGAUGCAGAGAUCAAAAUGCAGAGCAUGCAGGCGCCUUUGGGCAAGACCAGAGCUCGCAGCUCGGGCCCUGCACAGGUCCCACCGCCCUCCUCGUCCUUCAGGUCCAAGCAGAAUGUUAAAUUUGCAGCUUCGGUUAAGUCCAAAAAACCAAGCUCCUCCUUAAGGAACUCAAGCCCGAUACGAAUGGCCAAAAUGACUCACAACGAGAGCAAGAAGCCCAAAGCUGCAGCCAAGAAUCAUGCAGCUCAGCUCUCGGGCAAGACGUGUCGGAGCCUGCACGUGAGGGCACAGAAAAGCAGAGCCGUCCUACAGAGCAAAUCGGCCUCGGCCAGUAGGAAACGGACGGACAGGUUCAAUGUAAAAUCUAGAGAACGAAGUGGGGGGCCAAUCACCCGAAGCCUGCAGCUGGCAGCUGCUGCCGACCCGAGUGAGAACAGGAGGGAGGACGGCAGUGGCAAGCAGGAGCUGAAGGACUUCAGCAAACAGAAUCAGAGUUAACUGGGAGGUGACUGCCGUUUGGAAAGGUCACAAGGGCUCAGAGAUGCUGGUAUCACUGCACAUUCGACGAGGCAGAGUUCUUGGUGCUGGUGCGCCAUAAGUCAUGGCUGAAGAUGGAGAGAAGAAUCAUUAGCCAAGGGUUGAUUGGAAUGAUUGACUGUAGGAAUAAAGGAUCAGAUUUUUUUUAAAGCUACUUCAUAAAAAUACUAAAUAACCAGUUAUGGUAGAUCUUACUGACAUAACGUGUAUGCAGCGUCUUGGAGCUUAGUUAGUCCUGGUGAAAGUAAACACCUGUUUAUCAGCUGUCCAGACUUCCUGCCUGUAGCAGCUUCACUGUGUACCUCCUUGUACUCAGUCUGUGUUCGGGAAGUUCCACAACAACAGGACAUUCUUGAACUGUCCUUUUCAAGGUUAAAGAACCCAGAACAUGCCGUCAUUUUCACAGACUGUACUAAAAAACAUUUCCCAGGUGGUUGAUGCUUUAGAAUGUAUAUGUGUAUUCUCCUUUAUUUCCAAUAAUAUCUGAAAGAAUCACUUAUUUUGUACUGGAUCCCAUUUAUACAGUUCAAGGGUAAAGUUGAUAAGAAAAAAGUAAUGUACUAUAAAGGGAAACUCUCUGAGUGAAGUUCAUCCAGUGCUUUUGAAGAACCCUUAAGACUGCAAAGGACUGAAGUGCCUAAUAAAAUUGUGUCUCUAUUCUUUGCCCCAGUUAGUUUUAAUUGUUUUGCUUUGUUUGAAAGUUAACAUUGCUGGAAUGAAAUUUGGCCUAAAAGGAAACAAGGAACAAUCAGUUAAGAAGACACGGGUAUUAUUCUGACUGUAGAUGGUAGCAGCAGGCUUCCAUGACCAUAAACUUGGGAAGUACUUUUGGGAAUUACAAAAUGAGCGUUCAGGGGGCAUCAUAUUUUGAUCAUCUGGGCAGAAGAGUGGGCGAUUCUUCAGAGAGUUGUGGUCGUCUUAAUACCUUGUAGUGAAUUUGGUAUAAAGCCGGGAUCCUAGGCGCAGGCCUGGGGAUGUGAUGGUCCGUCGGUGUCAGCCCAGGGCUCUUAGUGGAGGCUUCGUCCUUUUCCAUGUUUGUUGUACUACACUGGCAAGGAGUUGUUUUAACUAGUCUUCUUCCCUUUUCAGUAUAUUUCUAUUUGUAAAUUUUAUUCAGGGGUGAUUUCAUAGCACAGGUUGGGAAAUAUCCACUUUCACUCUGGUUUUCAGUGAUUUCGCUGUCCUUGCUCCACUGCAUGUUCGAGGACUUACCCCGGACCUGGCAGCACACCCUUUUCCUGUGUGUUUCAUCAUAACUGUGAUUAAGGGCUAGUCCUCAGCACUCAGACGCUUUACAUUCAAAUGCCAGUUUAGGAUUCCACAGAUUUUCAAGUAUACACUUGCAGUCAGCCGUGAGAACGACGUCAGUUUUCCAUUCUACGCUGAGAGCUCAGCAGAAUUUGCCAUUUGGUCAUUUCCUGUAGCACAAGCCAUUGUGCCAAUCCGGGUGUGAAAAAGGCAUGUGCUCCAAAUCCUUUUCUUAGGACAAAGCCACAGAGACAUAACACCGACUAGAUUCUCCUGUUACAGCUCUUAAUCCAGCGAACGCUGUGUCGGGCUCACCUUCCGCGGGUCGGGUUGGAGCCCACCUGUGGCUUGUCGGUGGGACUGCAUUUAGAGCUGGUGCUGAGGGCUCAUUUCCACGGACUGUAAGACAGAAAGAUAAGGAAAGAGGUACAUUUUCUACUCCCUUCUUACCCAUCUUUGAUCUUUGUAAAUCCCAAGGCAUUUUUACAUUCUUCAGUGCUGCUUUUAGAGCAGCUUUUGUUGUUGUUGUUGUUUAAUACUGUGUUCCCAUUGCAGCCAGUUAAGGACACGUAAAUAAGUGAUGGAGAAGCAAAACGAAAUUCCAGACCAAGCUUUUCCAUUUACCGUGAAAUGGGUUAAAAAAACAAAAUGGUGCUGAUUUCUCACAUACCAUCUGGGCCACAUCACUCCAAGGAGACUGUCUGUGUCCCUCCCAGCAUGUCUCUUGCGCGUGGGACACCCACGUUCCCCCACACCUUCCGAGCCAUCCUGUUGCUGUCUUAACAUUUGUCCCAUGGUCUUCCCACCUUUUCUUUAACAUGGUCAGUUCAUAAUAAGGUUGUGUUAUGUUGUCAUUUAUCUUCAGUUUUCUUAUUUUCUAGGAACUUCCUGUAGGAAAGCCCCCCAAACAAAACAAACCUUAAUUGACUAAAUAAAGAUAAUGCAUGCUCAACUUAGGAUAAGCACUACGGCAAAGGAUAUGAAAUCUACCAAGCUUGCAAGACCAGUUGAAGCUGACUCAGAAACCCUAACACACAGCUGAUUGCCAGCGGGCUUCUUGUUGCCCUGGUUAGAGUCAGGCGUCCGCUUCUUCGCUGACGCCCAACACACGUGCUGGGCUCACAGGUGAUUGAGAUGCACAGAGGAGGGCGCUAUAGGACGGGCUAGCUGACCCGGCUCCUCUUCACGGGACUGGUAACUCAGACCUGAGCGUGGCCCUGGCUUUUGGCACAGAGCAGAGAAAGGCAUGAGUUGAACCUAAUCUUGCAAAGCAAGUUCUCUGUUUUAUCAGUAGUUUGUUGUAGAUUUCAGGGAUGACGGAUUCUGAUGCACUCGUUUUAUAAUGUUUUGGUCACACCAGCUCUUGAUGCCUUUCCUUUAAAUGAAUUGUAGACAGAGGCAUUUAGCUUCUUUCUUAGCCUGUUUUUUUGUUGUUGUUGUUUGUUUGUUUGUUGUUUUUUUAUCACAAGCCGAUUGCCAGCAUAAUGGAGAGGAAACCAGAUUGGAUAUGGACUCUUUUUUAUGCCUCUUCCAGUGUCAUGUUUAUAUAUCCAAAUGGACAUUAUCCUCUCAGAUUAUUAUCUGGCUCUAAUUUAUAACUGUUGUAUUAUCGGAGAUGGUAGCAAUAUAUCAGUGCCCAGGAUACAUCACAGGCCUGUAUAGAUGUAUGUCUACACCUAAGUGUAAGUGAAUUUACUUAUCAGGUUUCACACAUCAGUCUCUAAUAGAGAUUUAAAAAACCCAAGGAAUUGGCCUAUUUCUGAGUAUACAAGUAUCAUUUCUCCAUGCAUUAUUAUAUGCCUUCCCUCUAAUUAAUGACAGAGUUGGUGGAAAAUGGCUAAGUUUUAUUCGUGUUGUUUUUUUUUGUUGUUGUUGUUCUCAACUUUAAAAGUAAUCUACCUCUUAAAAUUUGUAGUUUAAUACUUGUUUGGUGAAUUUGUGCCACUUUAACCCUUUCACUAUCAUUCCCAUUUUGUUACAUUUCUGUUAUGGGGACUUUAUGUUGAAAUAUUGUAUAAAGCGUUUGUAGCAGUUUAAAAAUAAAAUAUUUAAAAUUAUUUAAAUUGUUUUGGACGCUUCAAUUGUAUUAUAUGUGAUUUACAUUUUACAUUUUGUUUGAGUUGUUAAUCUGGAGAGUGUUCUUGUAUUGAAGUUUGCUGUUAGUAAUUUUAUUGUUUCUUGUUGGAGAGUGAUAUAAAAGACUAUUCUAAUGAAAACAUUAAAAUUUACAAAUUGACAUACAAAAGGGGUUGUCCGUUGAUUUUAACCAACGUAGCCUUGAGAGAGAGAGAGAGGUUAAUUAUAGACAGACAAGUUAAGAGUGGUGUUUGCUAUUUUUCCCCUUCCAGCAUGAAAUAAAUCAUUUGAGCUUGUCGGAUGUACAGAAAGUUUUCUUAUGCUGUUGCUAGCAAGCACUUACUGACGGGGGAAUUCAAAUGAUGCAUUUUAUAUCAUCAUUGUAACCAAUAAAAAACUUUCUAAAA